AUAUAUAUACAUGUUUUAGCUCAUUUGUGAUUUUAAGAUUCAGGUCAAAGUAGUAUUGAAUUUGGUGCUUUAGAAUAAUACCUAAUUGUUACAUAUCAGAGUAAAAAAAUGGAUUGGGAAUCAGUUUCAUUAUCGAGUUUACAACUUACUGAAACUGAGCACAGAUAUUACGGUGAUAUUUUCAUCUAUUGUUGUGAAAAUUCUGACACCGAUACUACUGUGCCGAUGGUCAAGGUCGCUGAUUUGCUUCGAUCUGCCAAUUUACCUCGUAAUAUCACAUUAAAGAUACUGGAAAUUUGCGGAGGAUCAAAAAAUAGUAAUAUUAGCCGUAAACAAUUUUACGCAAUAUUAAAAUUAGUAGCUGCUCAUCAAGCAGGAUUGGAGGUUAAUAAUGAUGCAGUAACAUCGGUUCUUGAUGAGAUAGCUCUUCCAAGAUUUACAUGGUCCAACGAAGAUGAAAAAGAAGAGAAACGAACUAUUGAUUCUGUACGAAUGAUGAAAAUCAAAUCAGGAAAUCGUGUUCUUGAGAGUACCACUGAGAGUGAAAGCGAGCCAGAAUCACCACGUGAAACUGGUGGAAGUACAGAUUCGCCAACACCAACAAAUAGCGUAACUCAAGAACGAAAUGAAAAUAUUCUUGGUAGUGAAGCAAUUCACAAUACUGUCGCCAGUGGAUGGCAAGGUCUUCUCGUCUCUGAGGAACAACGUCAACUUUUAGGAACAGAAGAAGAAAGUUCUGAACGUCACAGCAGUGAUGAUGGCGAUGUAGAUGGAUUCCCACCUGAAGAGGUUUGGACAAUCAAUGACGAGCAGAGAGAAUAUUAUGCAGCACAAUUUACACUCUUGCAACCGGAUCCUGAAGGUCUUCUUGCUGGUCCUGUGGCUCGAACAUUUUUCGAGAAGUCACGUCUUCCAGUUGCGGAAUUAAGACGAAUUUGGCAAUUGGCAGAUGUGACAAGAGAUGGUGCAUUGAGCCUUCAGGAAUUUUACGUUGCAAUGCAUUUAGUUGUACUGAGAAAAAAUCACAUACCUCUACCUGACGUAUUACCUACGUCAUUGUCCAAUUCUCUGAUAAUACAAAAGCCAAAUAACGUUCCAUUGGUCGCUUCAAAUUCUGGGAACAAUAGUAAAGAAAAGAGUAAAGAGUGGACCAAAUUUGUGGAUUCACCAACAGGAACUGGAUCAUUGACAAGUCCAGGACCGAAACCAGUCAAUUUUGACUUUCAAAAAGCAGCUGUUGAAAGAGAUCCAAAAAUUUUGCAUCCUGUACCACUGAGACUGACCCCAGAUGCUGCAAUUUUAGCGUCUAGUGCCAAUGGCAGCAAUGGUACUGGAUCUAAUUUAGGAGAUGACGAAUUACAAAUUCCCUCGACUACAUUAGUGCAAAGACCCCUUGCUAAGAAGCCACCACCACCUCUAGAAGAGAGUGUCAUUGUCACACCUAAAAAAGAGCCACCACCACCUCCUCCUCCUAGACCUUACAGGACGCACACUAGGAGUUCUAGUCUUGAUCUUAAUAAAUUGGGAAAAAAUGGCCAGAGCUUUUUAGGUGCUCCUCCUCUUGUACCACCAAGAGUAUCUCCUGGAAUCACUACUCCAAGGAAAUUAGUUGGUCAAAGAAGUGAAGGCGAGACUCAAAGGACAGCAAGCGAGUGUCAAGGAUUUGUUGCUGAUUUUUCGCAGUUCUCAACAAAACCAGAAGUUGUGGAGGCACAAGCAAUUGAUAAUAUUGCUUCACAACAAUUCACCGGAGUUUGUGGUGCGUUUCAUAUCUACAGAAAACCUAGUCCAAAGCGUGAGGCUGGUCAGCAUGAUGCGGCAAUCGACGAUGCUGAAGAUAGCAACAAUUUAUCUUUACAGGAAUUACGAGAGAGAAAUGCCGAAUUGAGGCAAGUUUGCGAAGAGUUAACAAAAGAAUUAGCUGGUGCUCUUCAAGAACGAAUUAAUUUGCGUGCGAAACUUUUAUUAUUGACAUGAUCCCUUCGUCAAUCUUCCCUUUAUUUUUAAGUUAUGUUAAAUUUUUAUUUUAUCGCGCAUACGUUGCGAAGUCAGGUUUUUUUGUCCCCUCCCUCUUCUACAACCCUGUGAUGGGCAAUUUAUUUUUUUACAAAAUAUUUCAACUUUUGCAUUUAGAAGAAAAAAAAAAUUAUUUUCUUCGAUUUAAUUAAAUAGAAAUGUUUUUAUUUAUUAUAAUUAAGACUUAAUAUCUGCUUUUUUAUUGUUUUAAAAAUAAUUUUAACAUUUAAGUUUUAAUUUUAACGAUUUGCAUAAGCACCUAAUUCUCAAUAUUUGUACAAUUUACCGCACGUUAAUCGAUGUUAAUUUCUUAAUUAAGUUUUAAAAUAUUGUUAUAAUUAGUUUACGAGUCUUUUUUUUACAAAUUCUUUAUAAUUGGUUUGAAACCAAUAGAACAUAAAUUUUAUGUUUCCGAAGUUUCAUUAUGUCAUUUUUAAUUUAAUUUUAUUGGUUUCUAUAUACGGAUUCUUAAUUUAUUUUUUAUAAACACAAAUUAAUUUUUUCAUCUCAUCAUCAAUCUAUUAACUGAUAUUAUUAUUAUUAUUA